AGAAACUUGUCACUCUCUCUCUAAACUUCCUUUCUCUCUCUAAAUUCACUCUCUUCCUUUCUCUCUCUUUGUCCCCUUCAAAGGUUUGUCUCGUUUCUCUCUCACAGUAUCUCUCUUCUCUCUCUAACUUCUCUAAUUUUCUCUCUCUUCCCCUUCUUUAAGUUUUAGGUCGUUUCUCUCUGUUGCUCUGUCUCUCUCUUGUCUGUCUGUCUGGAGAUCUUCGCCUGAGAAGCCUCCUGUUUGCUUCUCCCUCCGUUUUUACAGCAAAUUAUGAGCUUAUAAAGCUCUGAUUUGGAGGAGUUUUAACUCAUGACCCAACAAUCUCAUUUGUUCUUGCCCUAUUUUGGCACCCCCGUUGUGUUUCUCUGCAACUUUUCUCAUUGAUUUCCCCGAGUUUGGAGCCAAGUUUUACUCUGAAACCCCUUUAAAUGCGACAAAUUCCUGGCCUUUUGACCUCUAUGCAGGUCAUUUUCUCUUAAAUGCCAUGUAAAAGGCUGAGAAGAAUGGGUAUAUGAGCCUUAUAAGGUCACAUCUCUGUCUCUGCAAGUUUUUUGUUUUUUUUGAAUGUCUGUCUCUGCAACUUAUUUACUUCGUUUCUGUUGCUCUGGGCUAUGAAUCCGUCAAAAUCCAUUUGAAUCGUUGUUUUCUCUUAAAUUCGAGCUAUUGUUCUUGUUCUUCGAGGCUUAAUUUUCUCUGAACUUUCACUAGCAUCUUGCUUAGCAAUUUGCUUCUCUUAAUUGUUUAAAACCAGUGAAAUAUCCUUCAAGGGGAAGCUAUUUAUCUGUAAAUUGUGAUUUACUCAGCUUUUUUCUGGUUCUAUUUUUUCCGGUUUCAUCUAUUGUUCUAUAUUCUAUCUUUCCAUGCUCUGAACUUGUUUUGUGAGCUCAAGUAUGAUCUCAUCCCCUGUCGUGAUCUCAUCCCCUGUCGUCGAUCUUUCAAGCCUGUUUUGGAGUUCAUUUUAGCUUUUUAUUGCCUCUAUUUUGAGGACGAAGGUCUCUGUUUCAUGCGUUUUUAGCUCUUUCUUAAUCAUUACUGAUAUCUCAAAUGUAUUGUCUCUCUUCUGCUGUAAUUUGUUCUUCGCCUUGGUAAUGACGCUCCUGUGAAGUGUUAUCCUCACUGUUCUCUCUUUUCUUUAGUCCUCUCUGUUCUCGCAUAUUUGGUUUUCCAUUUUAUUGUUAUCUCAAGCAUAGUCUCUUUCUCCUCUUGCUUUCCUCUUUUCUCCUGCUUCCAUAUUUCCAUCGAGCACUUUCUCUCUCUACAAACCUAAGUUCUUUUUGCCAUAGCUGUCUUCAAUAUAUUGAGAUUAUCAUCUCUCUCUCUCUCUCUGUGACUUCAGUUACUUGUAUAUGCUGCAUUUUCCUUCUUAGAGAGAAGAGAGUUUUCUUAUCUUUGCAUGUCUCUGUACCUUUGGAGCUUUUCAAAGAAAUAUCCUCUCUUGAAUGACAAUGGCUCCAAUUCCAUCCCUGAAAGCUAACUCAGAGGAGAAAUCCAUGGUGGCUAAGCAGGAAGUGGUUAUGGAAAAACAGAGGCCUAUGAUGCUUAAGGAUUUUCUCAAUGAUACUUCCUCUGUUCUUUGUUCUGAUAGUUUCAAUAAGUCUGAAAUUUCAAUCCAUGAUUAUUCCUCUGUUCAUUGUUACUCAAUCCAUAAACGCCCCAUCUUCAAAGAGUCCAAUCCACCAUUAACCACCACCAUGAAACGCCAUCUUCAAAUGGAAUCCAAAGAAGCCAAACACAUGAACCUUUUAAGAAGUAGAUCCCUGGCUUCUUCGACCACGAUUUCGUCUUUACAAAAAGCAUCAGAAGCAGUUUUUGGGGCAGUCAAGCUCUUCCAAUUUGCCCCAAAAGAGCCAUUAAAAGCUGAAGAAUUCUCAGGGCAAAAGCAGUCAAGAAUCAGGCUUUUGAGAACAAUUCUCAGAAGAGUAAGAGAGAGAAAACCCAAUAUCAAGUUAAAUCAAGAACAUGGUAAAAGCCUUUCAACAAGGUUCACUGCUGCUAUGAGAAACUUCUCUCGAAGGUCUCGCAGCUCAGAGAAGCACGACGAGGAAUGCGAGACUACCCUUAGGGUUCGAGACAUUGUGCGGUGGAGAUCGUUCGGUGACGAGAGGUUCCCUGUUUUGGACUGUUGUGAUUGCGCAGAAGAAUCCGAGGCUUCUGAGAAGGAAGCCUCCGACUCGUCCUCUUCAUCUAGUAGUACAUGGUCAUGUCCUUCUUCGAAUUUACUGUGUUCUAGUCAGAGUUCAGACUAUUCAGGAGAUGGAGAUGAAAUCCAAGAUAAAGAAUUGCUUUCACUGCAAAGCUUGAAAAGCCCCAAUUACCCAUGCUCAGAGCUUGGGCCCUCAACAAUGGAGGCUUCCUCUAAAGAGAUUGUGAUUUUGGGGGCAUCAGAUUCCAUGGGGACAACUUCCUGUUUCAGCCAAAAUGAAAGAGAAGGAGAUGCUAUUGCAUGCCUCGAAGAAGAUGAAUGCUCUGAAGUCUAUGAGAAGGAGCAGUUCAGUCCGGUUUCAGUGUUGGAUUUCCCUUUUGAAGAUGAAGAAAAUGCAAGUUUCGAAAGAAGCCUUGCAAAUAUCGAGAGAACAAAGCAGCAACUUUUACAAAAGCUAUGUCGAUACGAGAACCUUGCUCAACUUGACCCUCUCGACCUCGAGCAAAGGAUCGCAUCAUGGGAGGCAGAGGACUCCAGCGAAGAAUCCGGGGACAAUUCUCUCGAUCUGACUGGAAAAACUGACUACGAAGAUGAUGCUGGCCUCUCUGAAGAGCACGUAAAAGAGCUUCUAAUUUGUUUCAAAACUGGCGUGAAAGCCCCAAGAGGAGCUUUCAAUAAGCUCAUAUAUGACACCAUUAAUGAAGAGCUCGGGAGCUUCGGUUUCCAGGGUGAACAGAGAGAAGAAGAGGAAGAGAUUGUGAAAGGUGUUUGUAGUAAGAUAAAGGCAUGGGAGUUAGUUGAGGGGGGAAGCUAUUGGUAUAGGAACGUGUGGGAUGAAGAGAAGUGGAGAAAGUAUGGGGAAGAGAUGGAAGAGAUUGUUGUUGAAACUGAGGGCUUGGUUUGGGAUUUGUUAGUGGAGGAAUUGAUGGUGGAUCUGGUUUAGUGUUUGGGUCUGGAUUGAGAGGAUUUAGGACUUCAUUGAUGUACUAUAUACUACAUAGGCUCAAGAUUGAGAGAGAGAGACAGAGAGAGGAGAGAGAGUGAUAGAGAGGGAGAAGUGGGCUUCAUCUCAAAGCCAGAGAGAGAGAGAGAGAGAAAUGAGG